AUGAAUAUAGAGAAAUGUAAUAACUAUAUGAAAACUUCUAUUUUUAAAAAGCAAAAGUUGAAUGAUGAAGAAAAUUAUGAAGAUUCUUACGUAGAAAACAAUAUUUUUCUUGAUAAAAAUAAUAAUCAAGUACAAGAAAAUAACAAAGUAAAAAAAAACUUAAAUAUAAAUAAUGAAAAUGUAAAUGAUGAAAUAAAAAUCGAAAUAAAAUCAAAAAACGAUAAAAAUUGUGAUAAUUCAAAUUAUAUUUAUAAUAAAUCUUAUUUAUAUGAAAACCAUGAAAAUUCAAAUAAAAAUUUUAAUAAAAAUAUUUCUGAAAAUGGAUUCUCAAAUGAAUUGAGAGAGUCAAAUAAAAAUGUAAAAGAAUAUACUGAUGUAAGUGAUACUUACAAAGUAUUAAUAAAUAUUUGUCUAAAAGAAAUUAGGAAAAAUAGUAGUCUCAAGAUAACUAAUGAUGUAUACAAAGUAUUAAAAAAAAAUAAUUUGCUUAUCGAAGAUGAUGAUAAAAUGGAUAAUUAUUUAGAUGAAAAUAGUAAUUAUACAAAUAUUUUAUCAAAUAAUAUAUUAAAAGAUAAUGACUAUUAUAAUGAAAUACAUGAAAAUAUGCAAAAAGAAAAUGUAAAUAACAGUAAAACAAAAAAUGUAAACAAUAAAAGGAGAAGCAGUGCUAUUACAGGGAGUAAUAAAAGCAUAGCAUUAUCAACUGAAUAUGGAGAUAAACUAUUUUUCUUUAAUGAAGAUAGUUAUAAAAAUUAUGUUAACAACAACAACAAUAAUACUAGUAAUAAUAAUAAUAAUAAUAAUACUAAUAAUAAUAAUAAUAGUAUUAUUAUUAAUAAUGGUAAUAAUAUUAAUAAUAAUGAUAAUAUUAAUAAUAAUGAUAAUAUUAAUAAUAAUGAUAAUAUUAAUAAUAAUGAUAAUAUUAAUAAUAGUAAUAAUAAUGAUAAUAUUAAUAAUAGUAAUAAUGAUGAUAAUAUUAAUAAUAGUAAUAAUGAUGAUAAUAUUAAUAAUAAUGAUAAUAUUAAUAAUAAUGAUAAUAUUAAUAAUGAUGAUAAUAUUAAUAAUAGUAAUAAUGAUUGCAUUAAUAAUGAUGAUAAUAUUAAUAAUAAUGAUAAUAUUAAUAAUAGUAAUAAUAAUGACAAUAUUAAUAAUAGUAAUAAUGAUUGCAUUAAUAAUGAUGAUAAUAUUAAUAAUAGUAAUAAUAAUGAUAAUAGUAAUAAUAAUGAUAAUAUUAAUAAUAGUAAUAAUAAUGAUAAUAUUAAUAAUAGUAAUAAUAAUGAUAAUAUUAAUAAUAGUAAUAAUAAUGAUAAUAUUAAUAAUAGUAAUAAUGAUUAUAUUAAUAAUGAUGAUAAUAUUAAUAAUAGUAAUCAUGGUUAUAAUGACAAUAAUAUUGUUUUUAAUGAUAUUAGCAGUCGUAAUAAAAAAAACAUGAAUAUCAAUUCAAAAACAUGUUCGUCAUCUGAAGAUAGAAUAAUAAAUAGUAUUUUAAAAAAUACAAAAUUAAAAAUGAGAAGUGAUAAAAAUUAUAUGACAGAUGAAAAAAUAGCUUUGUGCAAAAAAAAUAAAAUAGAAUCAGAUAUGUUUAAUAUUUUCAAAAAUGUUAUAAAUAUAUUAACAUGUAAAUAUCCUCAACAUAAUAUAAAAGAACUUUUUUUUAAUAGUCAAAAUAAAUUAAAAGAUGAAUAUGAAAAUAACAAAAAGAAUUCUAUAAAAUUAACAAGUUAUGAAUGUAAUCGAUAUAAUAAUUUGUAUAACAAAGUAAAAUAUAAAUUAUUUUAUGCACAUAAUGACAUAAGAAAAAGGAAUAGUAUUAAUGCGAAAUCUAUGUAUGAAGAAUUUAAUUACUGUUUAAAAAAUAUUAAAAGAAACAUAACUAUAUUAUCUCAUUUUCUUCCUCACAAAAAAGAUUAUAAUUUUAUUACAAAAAUUAAAUUUGAUGAAAAUUGUGAGAAUGUUAUAACGACUGGAAAAGAUGGUUUUAUAAAAAUUUUUCAUGUACUAACAGGAAACUUAGUAAUAUCUAUAAGAGCACAUAAUUAUUCUAUUACUGAUUUUGAUAUACAUAAGUCGAAUAAAUAUAUUAUUUCUUGUGAUGAAAAAGGAAUAGUUAAAUUUUGGCUACUUGACAAAUAUAAAUUUAAGAUUCUUUUUACAUAUAGAAGAACAUUUUUUAUGAAAAAUGUAAAAUUCUUUUACAGUGAAACGAAAAAAUCUAAUAGCCAUUAUAAAACAUAUGCAUUAUGUUCAACUAAUUCAUAUUUUUUUAUAAUUAAAUUUGAUGAUUUAAAUAAUGAUAUUCAAUUAAUAAAAUCAUUAAAUAUGUAUAUAAAUAAUAUUAAAUUUUUUCCUUAUCUACAAUUUUCAUAUUCUUUAAAUUACAAUAUUGCUCCAUAUGUAUACAAUAAUUUAAUUAUAUCAAAAAAGCCUAUUGAAGAAUUAAAAAAUAGCUACUUAAUUUUUAUAAAUACACAAAACAGUUCUAUAGAUAAAUUUAGUGAUAUGGAUUAUAUCAAUGGAAAUUAUAAAAAUAGAAAAAAGAAACUUAUGUUUUUACUUUUGACAACAAAAAAAAUUUAUGAUGAAGACGAGGGAAAUUUAAUAAUAUCACCUAAUAAUGUUUUAAUUACAAAAUAUGUUAAUAAAAUUAAUGAUGAAUUGUAUAAUUUAAAUGGAGAUGAUGUUAUAGAAGUAUUAUAUAAAGGGGAGAAAAAAAAAAAAGUAAAUGAAGAAGAUAAUUCUUAUAGAAAAAUGUUUCAAUUUUUUGAAAUUAAUAUACUACAAAAUGUCAAAAACAAUAUUGGUUUUGUUAUGUUUAGAAAAUUUGAAGAUUUUAACGAAGAAGUUUUUUUAUUCACAUUUUCAAAUAAUUCAGCUGAUUUUGUAACUGUUCAUACAAAUGGAUCCAUUUAUCUGUGGAAUUUUCAAAAUUAUUUGAAUGAUUUAAAUAAGAAAAAAAAAGGAAAUAAAAUUUUUAUUUGUUGUUUUUAUACAUCCUUAUAUAUAGAAUUUCUAUUGGAAUCAUCAGUUAUUAAUGAAAAUAGUAAAGCAAAAAAUAAAAACGAAAUUGUUUUAAACGAAAUAAAUAAGGAAAAUGAAAAUAAUUUAUUUAUUAUAUCAUCAACUUCGUGUUCAUCUUACUGUUACUCCUCAAGUGAGCAGGAAGAUUCAUCAAAAGUAGAUAAUCAAAAACAAAGGAAAAAAAAAAAAAGUAAAGGGAAUUAUCAGGAUAAUUGUGUAAAUAAAAGUUAUAAUUUAAGUUAUCAAAACAUUUUAAAAAAUAAUUGCAAUAAAUGUGAACAGCAAAAAAGGUGCAUUCAUUGUAUAUAUAAUGAAAAAUCAAACAAUAAAUCAAAGUUAAGAGCAAAAAAAUUACACUACAAAAUAAGUAACAUAGCUUUUAAUAAUACCGAUGAAUAUUUAAUAAUUGCCGAUGGAAUAACAAAUAAAUCUAAUGCAUCGAAAGAAAACAUUAAUGCUGUUACAAUGAAAACGAAUUUAUCUAUAUUUAACACAAAAACAUUUGAAGAAAUAAAAUAUUUUGAUUUGAAAAAAUGUGACAGCUAUGUUAGUUUCAUUGAACCCAAUCCUUUUUAUAGUGAUGUUAUCCUUUUUGCUUGCUUUAGAAAAUAUAUUUAUUUAUUAAAUGUGCAAAAGAAAAAAAUUAUUAAAAAAUUUUCUUAUGAUAGUGAACUAAAAAAUAUAAGUGCUGAAUGGAAUAAGAAUGGUUAUAUCUUUAUUGUUGCUCAUAAUUAUGGAUAUUUUUCCAUUUUUACUAUGAAUAGAAAUUGUUGUUAUAAGUUUACUUUAACAGAACAGAUUACUUCAUCUCAAAUUUGUUAUUUGAAUGAAUCAAACACCAAUGAAAAUACCGAAAAUUAUGAUAAUUUAAGUGUUAUGCCAGAUGUCUAUAUAUAUGAUUCCUAUGCAGCAUAUAAUGAAAGUGGUAGAAAUAUUACUAAUAAUAAUGCUAAUAAUAGGAAUAGUAUUAAUAAUAAUAUUAAUAAUAAUUCUAAUAAUAAUAAUAAUAAUAAUAGCAAUAACGAUAUUAAUAAUUUAAGUAAUAAUCCUAAUAAUAAUAAAUCUAAUGAUAACAGUAAAAAAAGUAAAAAUAAAAAAAUUAGUAAUAAAAAUAACGUAAAUAUUGAUGAAGGCUCUGAUUUCACAAGUUCAGCAAAGACAAUCUACACAUUAUAUACUGAUAGCAAUUCAAAAUUUUCAAAUAAAGAAAAAAAUUUAAGAAAAAAAAAAAAUAAUAGGAAUAAAAAUAAUAAAAAUGACGACGUAAAAAUAUUAGAUAACAAUGAGUUUUCAGAAAAAAAUAAAAAUUUUACUGAAGAUAAACAAGUUAUAAAUAUAGAAAAUAUAAAUAAUGAAGUUAUAAGUGUAGAAGAUGUGCACAACGAAAAUAUUAAAAAAAAUUUAAAUGCAAGAAAGGAAGUUAUAAAUAUUGAUAAUGUAAUAGAUAACAAAUAUUCUAAAUUUUCCAAUAAUAAUAAUAAAGAAGUUUUAAAUUUGAGUGAUAAUAAAAAUUUUAUACAAAUUAAUGACAGUGUAAUUCAAUAUAAUAAAUCAAAUGAAUUUGUAUUAGAUGAAGAUAGCUCAUCAGAAAACAAUAGAAGUUCAAAAAAUCAAACAAUAAACAAGUUGAAGCAAUAUUUUAAUUCAGAUAAUGAUGGUGUAAAACCUUAUUUUUUAAAAAAAGAGCAAGUUCUUAGUGAUAUUGAUUCUGAUUUUGACAAAAAUAGUUCUAUUAGUUUUUUUAGUGAUGAUUCUAAAUAUGAUUAUUACACUGAUUGCUUAAUUCAGUCUUCAAAUAAUAGUCUUGAUGGAAAAAGUAAUGAGAAUAAAAGAUUUUAUGACAGUGAUUGGUGUGACAGUGACUAUAAUUAUGUCAAUAAUGACAUGUAUGGUAAUUUCAUAGAUAAUGAAUAUACAGAAAAUAAUAGUAAAAAUUAUCAUUUUAGUUAUUUUAAUAGAUUUAAAAAACAAAAAACGAAUCAUCAUAUAUACUUGAAUGAUUCAAAAAAUGAAAACUUUAUAAAGAAAAGAAGUGGUAAUAAGACGGAUAGAGAAAUGUGGUUUAAGAAAUUAUCAAAAAACACUGAUUAUAAUGAUAUAUCUUAUAAGAAAAAAAAAGUAAGAAAGGAAGAAAGUAAAUCAAUUUUAAAUAAUUUUAAUAACACAAAUAUAUUUGUAGAUAAGAAAUUUAAAAUUUAUGAACAAGAGUUACAAUCAUUACUUCCUCGAUUUUCUAGCUUUAAUUCUUGUAACAAUUAUUUUGAAUUUUUAAAAAAAAAUAAAAUUAAUUCAUUAUGUGUGUAUUUAAGUUACAUGAAUUAUUUAAAAAGAAAAUUGAAAAAUAACCAAAUAAAUUAUAAAAACCUACUUUUAUAUGAUAUAUUAUACAAAAUUAUACAAAGUCAUAUAAAGAUUACGUCAAUUAAUAAUAAUAUACAGAGUACAAAUGCUCACAAAACUACUGAAAUAAAGGGUAAUUUAAGUUCUACUCACGUUUCAGAUAACAUUAUUUUUAGUAAAAAUAUUAAUCAUGAAAGUAAUAAUUUCAAUAAAUUAAAUGAUAAAAUACCAAAUAAUCAUAAUGUGGCUAUGAAUAAAAGCAGUAGUAAUUAUAAUAAUGACUUCUAUAAUAAUACAAACGCUUUUGUAAAUAAUUUCUCUAAUUCAGAAUCAGUUAAAACUAAUAUAGAUAACAAAAAUGAAUUUAUAAACAAAAUUAAUAAGUAUUUAGAAAUAUUUAAAAAUAAUAAGACCGAAAAAAGCAAGAAAAGCUAUAUGAAUGUCAUAAAAAUAAAGAAAAUUUAUAAUAAAAUUGGGGAUAUAAAUGAAAGUGUAAUUUUUAAUAGUUACAAUAAUAAUAAAAAAGAUAAAGAGGAAUUAGACAAUUCUAUUUUUUAUAGAUUUUUAAAAAGAUUACCAUGCAAGGAAGAAGAGGAUAUAGAUAAUUAUAUUUAUUAUAAUAGAAAAAGUAGCUAUAACACAAAGUUAAAAGAUUUUUUUCGAAGUUAUUUAAAUCAUUAUGAAAAGGUAGAUAAAAAUAAAAAAGAGUUUGAUUAUAAAUUAUUUGUAUAUGCAAAUAAUAAUAAGAUGGCAUAUAUGAAUUCUCAUAUAAUGAACUUGCUACAUACUUUACAAGAAAAAUAUUUAAAAAAUUUAAUAAUAAGAGAAAAUUACAAUUUAUUAAACAAUUAUCCAUUGAAAGGUAGAAACUGCAUAAUAAAAAAUAUUGAUCAUAUUAUGACUUGUGCAUUUUAUAAUUCUUAUUCAGUCUACGUUAGGUCUCCUUUGGAUAAUUAUGAUUUAGUAAAUACAAGAACUUUCAAUAAUUCUUUUUUUUCUAGUUAUGCAAGAUAUAAUGAUAUUUUUUCUAUGUUUAGAAAUAAUUUAUACAAUAAUAAUAUUAACAAUUCUUUAAAUUACGAGAACAUUGCUAGUUCAGAAAGAAAUACAGAAAUAGCUAUUAUAAGUGAAGCUUCUUCUAUGUUUACAAGUGAUCAGUCAGCUGAGUAUUUUACUGAUGAAGAUGAAGAAGAUGAUGAAGAAGACGAUGAGGAAGAUGAUGAUGAUUAUUAUAAUGAAGAUUACACAUACAGUAAUGUUUCAACCUCUUAUAGACGAAAUAGAAGAAAUAGAAGCAGGAAUAAACGCAGAAAUGAUAAGAAUAAAUCAAAUAGGAGAAAUAAUCAAUCAAAAAGAACUUCAAGAAGAAGUAGAAAGAAAAACGAAAAAAAAAAAAAUAAUAGUGAAAAUGUAGCUAAUACAUAUAUAAGAAAAAGUGAUAGACUGAGAAACAAAGAACUCAAUAGCAAAAAAGAUAAUAAUAACAAUAGAUAUUUUAGGAAUUCUUCUAAUAACUCUAGAAAUCCUUAUAAUACUAGAUCAGCAAAUAUAAAUAAAGAUCAGGUUUAA